UCAACGACUGACUACUUUUAUUUUAACGCGGUGUUUACCUUGCCAAAAUAAUGGCCAAUAACGACAACUUGGGAAAGCUAACAGAAGAAUCGCUAAAGCGCAAGGAGCGCUUACAGAAGCUGCGCGAACAAGCGCAAUCCAAGACAGGUGGAGUCACAGAGAAUGCGGACAAGUUGCCAAAGCCAAUUUUUCGCAGUUACAAGCCGCAAAAUGAAAACACAGUUGGCGAGGUGCUGGCCCAAGAACCAACUGGUGACAUUGAGUCCGCCGUGCAAUCCCAACUGAAUCUGUUGCAUCAGCCAAUGGUUAUUGAUGAAAUUGAUAUCACAAAUCUGGCGCCACGCAAACCAGAUUGGGAUUUGAAGCGGGAUGUUAGCAAAAAGCUGGAACGCUUGGAGCGACGCACGCAGAAGGCAAUUGCGGAACUAAUACGCGAGAGGCUGAAAAUGAAUCAGUUCGAGGACAUUAGCCAGGCGGUGAAUGUGGGCACGGCACAAGCAGGACAAAAAAACACAGAUGAAGAUUAUGAAUAGAGCACUAGGAUACAUAAAUAAAUUUAAUAAAAAAAACACUAACGAACAAUCAUAAUAAUUAA